AUGUACUGGUCAGUACUAGACCUUUGCCUUUAUUCUGCCAUUCCAUCUGUGUUUAUGAUAAUUGGAAACAUACUAAUAGUUGUUAAAGUACUAAGAUCUAGAAAAGGUAUACAACGACACAGCGAUUCUGGUAGUUCGAACAGAACCAACGGUUCGUCCAGAAAUUCAAAGUUUUCGUCAAUGACAAUUGUUUUAAUAAUGUUAAACAUCUUCUUUGUUAUUCUCACGUCGCCUUCUGGAAUCCUACUGAUUGGAAUGAUCUACUGGGAAACGCAUGACAAUGAAAUAUUGAUUUGGCAGUUGGUUGACGUAUUUGAUGUUUUAUCCUAUUUAGAUAACUCCUUAAACUUUAUGUUGUAUUGUUUAAGUGGCUCCCUCUUUCGACAAGAAGUAAUCAAAUUAUUUUGUCCUCGUCGAAGAAGUAUCCAAGAUGUAAACAAGUCUCAAGAAAUGCACACUAAAUACUAA